UACAUCUUCCUGAUCAUCUUCACAUUCGAGUGCUUCAUGAAGAUCAUAGCGUAUGGGCUUGUGUUCCAUGAAGGGGCCUAUUUACGGAACUGUUGGAACAUAUUGGACUUUGUCAUCGUUUUCAUGGGACUCUUCACCUUUUGUUUGGAUACCAUAAACAUGAUCGCAGGAGUGCCCAUGGAGAAGGGCGGGGGGUUUGACAUGAAGGCACUGAGAGCGUUCAGAGUGCUGCGACCCCUUCGUCUUGUUUCAGGAGUACCUAGCCUUCAGGUGGUGAUGAACUCCAUCCUCAAAGCCAUGCUGCCUCUGCUGCACAUCGCCCUGUUGGUGUUCUUACUGGUCACCAUCUACGCCAUUAUGGGACUGGAGCUCUUUAAAUGCAAAAUGCACAAGACCUGCUACUACACUGGCACAAACAUCUAUGCAGCAGCAGAAGGUGAGCUGCCGGCUCCGUGUGCCCAGGCUGGCAACGGACGCCGCUGCAUCAUCAACGGUUCAGAGUGCAGGCCAGGCUGGGAGGGCCCCAACAACGGGAUCACUCACUUUGAUAAUAUUGGCUUCGCCAUGCUGACAGUUUACCAGUGCAUCACCAUGGAGGGAUGGACCAAAGUGCUUUACUGGGUGAACGACGCCAUAGGAAACGAAUGGCCAUGGCUCUAUUUCGUUCCUCAUUUGCUGGGCUCCUUCUUUGUGCUCAACCUUGUCCUGGGCGUGCUCAGUGGAGAGUUUACCAAAGAGCGAGAAAAGGCCAGGUCACGAGGAGAGUUUCAGAAGUUGAGGGAGCGUCAGCAGCUGGAUGAAGACCUCCAUGGCUACAUGGAGUGGAUCACUCACGCUGAAGUCCUUGAUGCUGACAGAGAAGGCAAAGGCCUUUUGCCUCUUACCAGCGGAGACUCUGAAACAGACAGCCUGUAUGACUUGGAAGGAAAGAGUCGUAUCAUCUACUACUACCGCCUGGCCCGUCGCUGGAACCGCUUCUUAAGGAUGAAGUGUCUGAUUUAUGUGAAAACCAAGAGCUUUUACUGGGGUGUGAUGUUCCUUGUGUUCCUCAACACGCUGACCAUAGCUACUGAGUUCCACCAUCAGCCUGACUCCCUUACAUCCCUGCAAGAUGUGGCGAGCCGGGUCCUGCUGGUGCUAUUUGUCAUUGAGAUGUUUGUGAAGAUGUACGCUCUGGGACCCAGAGCGUAUUUCAUGUCCCUGUUCAACCGUUUCGACUUCUUUGUGGUGCUCUGCGGCAUUCUGGAGAUGAUCAUGUUGUCAGCAGGAGCUGUGGCUCCGCUGGGUUUCUCUGUGCUCAGGUGUAUUCGGUGCUUAAGGAUCUUCAAAGUGACAAAGUACUGGACCUCUCUAAGCAACCUGGUGGCCUCUCUCCUCAACUCUGUUCGCUCCAUCGCUUCUCUGCUCCUCCUUCUCUUCCUCUUUAUUGUCAUCUUCUCACUUUUGGGAAUGCAGGUGUUUGGCGGGAAGUUCAACUUUGAUGACCACCGCCCCAGGCGCAGUAACUUUGACAACUUCCCCCAGGCCCUGAUUAGUGUGUUUCAGAUCCUUACAGGAGAGGAAUGGACCAACAUCAUGUACAAUGGUAUAAUGGCAUAUGGAGGGCCUGAGAUCCCCGGCAUCCUGGUUUCAAUCUAUUUUAUUGUCCUUUUCGUCUGUGGAAACUACAUCCUCCUAAAUGUCUUCCUGGCCAUUGCGGUAGACAACCUGGCCGAGGCUGAGAGUCUGACUUCAGCUCAGAAAGAAAAGGCGGAGGAGAAGAUGAGAAAGAAGCUGCUAAGGUCCAAAAUGCCAGAGAAAACUGACGAGGAGAGGGAGAGGAUAGCAAAGAAACUGGCUGAGCAGAGAGCCAAAAUGGAGGGUAUGCCCACCACGGCCAAGCUCAAAAUUGAUGAAUUUGAAUCAAAUGUCAACGAAGUGAAGGAUCCAUUUCCACCUGCUGAUUUCCCAGGUGAUGAUGAGGAGGAAGAACCUGAGAUCCCAAUCAGUCCUCGACCCCGACCGAUGGCUGAUCUGCAGCUCAAGGAAGAAGCCGUUCCUUUGCCAGAAGCCAGCUCCUUCUUCAUAUUCGGCCCUCAGAACAAGUUCCGUAAGCUGUGUUACAAGAUCAUCAACGCUUCGUCCUUCACCAACCUCAUCCUUCUUUUUAUCCUGCUCUCGUCCAUCUCACUGGCGGCUGAAGACCCCAUUGAUCCAAAAUCCUAUAGAAACCAGAUCUUGGCCUACGCUGACAUCGUCUUCACAACUGUGUUCACCAUUGAGAUUGUGCUAAAGAUGACUGUUUACGGAGCGUUCAUGCACGAAGGGUCUUUCUGUCGUAACUCGUUCAACAUCCUGGAUCUGAUUGUGGUCACAGUGUCGCUGCUGUCCAUGGGAAUGGAAUCUAGUGCCAUAUCCGUGGUGAAGAUUCUCAGGGUGUUGAGGGUGCUGAGGCCUCUCAGAGCCAUCAACAGAGCAAAAGGGUUAAAGCACGUGGUCCAAUGUGUGUUUGUGGCCAUUAAAACAAUCGGCAACAUUGUCCUGGUCACCAUGCUGCUGAAUUUCAUGUUUGCCUGCAUUGGAGUGCAACUCUUCAAGGGUAAAUUCUACAGCUGCACAGACCCAACCAAAGUGACUGCAGAGGAAUGCCGGGGAUACUACGUGAAACAUGUGGAGAACUCACUACAAGAAACAGUUCUGGCUAGAAGAGAGUGGACGAACAGCGACUUCAACUUUGACAACGUGCUCAACGGGAUGCUGGCUCUGUUCACCGUUUCAACGUUUGAGGGCUGGCCGAAACUCCUGUACAGAGCCAUAGAUUCAGCAGUGGAAGACAUGGGUCCAGUCUAUAACAACCGUGUGGACGUGUCCAUCUUCUUCAUUAUCUAUAUCAUUCUCAUCGCCUUCUUCAUGAUGAACAUCUUCGUGGGCUUUGUCAUAGUCACCUUUCAGGAGCAGGGAGAGCAGGAGUACAAGAACUGCGAGCUGGACAAGAACCAGCGCCAAUGUGUGCAGUACGCCCUGAAGGCUCGCCCUCUUAGGUGCUACAUCCCCAAAAACCCGUACCAGUACAGAGUGUGGUACAUCGUCACCUCCUGCUACUUUGAGUACCUCAUGUUCUUCCUGAUUAUGCUGAACACAUUGUGUCUGGGGAUGCAGCACUGCAACCAGUCGAAUUAUGUCACCAAGCUGUCAGACACUCUGAACCUGAUCUUCACUGUGCUCUUCACAGUGGAGAUGAUACUUAAGCUAAUGGCCUUCAAAGUGAGGGGCUACUUCGGAGAUCCCUGGAACGUCUUUGACUUCAUCAUAGUUAUAGGUAGCGUUGUUGACGUCAUCCUGAGCGAAGUCGAUGCCGCCCUGGACUCCAGUGGAGGACUGUACUGUCUCCAUGGCUGUGCUGAGACAGAUCCCAUGGAAGUAAUUGCAGCAUCUGAAAACGCCUCAGUCUCCAUCACAUUUUUCCGACUCUUCCGUGUUAUGCGUCUGGUCAAACUGCUGAACCGUUCGGAGGGCAUCCGUAACCUGCUGUGGACCUUCAUCAAGUCUUUCCAGGCUCUCCCUCAUGUAGCUCUGCUCAUAGUGAUGCUCUUCUUCAUUUAUGCUGUGAUCGGGAUGCAGAUCUUUGGAAAGGUAGCCUUAGUGGACGGCACGCAAAUCAACCGCAACAACAACUUCCAGACAUUCCCCCAGGCUGUGCUGAUGUUAUUCCGAUGUGCUACUGGAGAGGCUUGGCAGGACGUCAUGAUGGCGUCCAUGUACGGGAAGAAGUGUGACCCCAAAUCUGAUUUCCUGCCUGGAGAGGAGUACACCUGCGGGUCCAACUUUGCUGUCUUCUACUUCCUCAGCUUCUACUGCCUCUGUGCCUUCCUGAUCCUCAACCUGUUUGUCGCGGUCAUCAUGGACAACUUUGACUAUCUCACCCGUGAUUGGUCUCUUCUUGGCCCACAUCAUCUGGAUGAGUUCAAGAAAAUCUGGGCAGAAUAUGACCCCGAGGCCACGGGGAGGAUCAAGCAUCUGGAUGUGGUCACGCUGCUACGACGGAUCCAGCCUCCACUGGGCUUCGGCAAGUUCUGUCCCCAUCGCGCCGCGUGCAAGCGUUUGGUUGGGAUGAACAUGCCUCUCAACAGUGAUGGUACCGUCACGUUCAACGCCACCCUGUUCGCUCUGGUCAGGACGGCACUAAAAAUCAAAACAGAAGGAAACUUUGAGCAGGCCAACGAGGAACUAAGAGCAAUUAUAAAGCAAAUCUGGAAACGCACAAGCAUGAAACUGUUGGACCAGGUCAUCCCCCCUAUUGGAGAUGACGAGGUGACUGUGGGGAAAUUCUACGCAACCUUUCUGCUCCAAGACCAUUUCCGAAAGUUCAUGAAGAGCCAGGAGGAGUAUUACGGCUACCGCCCGACGAAGAAGAGCGCCUCGGGUCCAGAGAUUCAGGCGGGUUUGAGGAGCAUAGAGGAGGAAGCAGCUCCAGAGAUGCACAGGGCGAUUUCAGGAGACUUGCAGAACGAGGAAGAACUGGACAGAGCUAUGGGCGAGGCUGCAGAAGAAACCAUUUAUCAGCGUUCGCAUGGUCUGUUCGGCAACCGGGUGGAGUCCUUCUCCGCCGAGGCCAGCGAUCCGCAGAACUCCCAGAUGACGAACCAGCGGCCCCUCCAGUUCUCAGAGAGCCAGUCUGAGUCUCCCCCCAACUCCGCCUUGGUGCCCAGUGGAGAUUUUUUCCCCACGGCUGCCCCCAAAAGCAACACGAACAACAACGCCUUUGCGGAAUUCUUCCUCGAGAGAGAAGCCAGCCCCGACGAGUUGUAUAAUCCCUCUGAAGAUGAGGACCCAGACCUGAGACACUCCUGGAACUUCACAGUAAGGACAAACAAAACACAGUUCCCAUACGAGCCUGACUACGGGGACAGUCUGAGCCGGAGCUCAAAGACUGCAGCCGAUCAGCUCGUCCAGGAGGCUCUAGAAAGGGGAGGUCUUGUCUCCUUGUCCAGAGACCCCGGGUUUGUGUCUGCUGCUAAGGAGGAGAUGGCCGACGCCAUGCGGAUUCCCGUAUCACAGAUGGAGAGCAUGGCGAGGGGCAUCCUGAGCGAACGCUCCGACAGCGUCCCCUCCGUCAAAAAACGACGUCCCGUCCCCGUCCCCGUCCCGCCAGCCGUCCCUGCUGGAGGACCACAGACACCCAGCCAGCCUGAGCCGGCUGUUCGGAAGAAGAGACGUCCAAUUCCCACAGUUCCCACCAGAAAGAGACGGGAUGACUCCGAAGUGUAGAUGUGUGUUAGUCGAGUUUAUGUGGAUAAAGUGACUUCAGCUCGUGCGAGUUAGUAUCACUAAGCUCGUUGCCCCUUUAAUAAUCUGUACCUGUCAGGCUGAGCCCAGGUUGGAUUGUGUACGCUAAUAAACAAGAAAUCUGACCAGCAGACAUCUUUCAGAUUUAUAACUUAUAAAAACAUGUCAAAGUAGGCUGAUUGAUGCACUUCUUUACAUUUUGUCCUUUACUGAGGAUAUCUAUUCCACCGAAGGGGGACAGCUACGUGAAAUGGGCUAAAGUGUCUCACUGAAAGCCUCGCUGAAGGAAGCAGGAUAAUGAGCGAGGGUCAGUGUAUGUAAAGCAAAAAAAUAAAUAAAUGUCGGCAGCCUUUACUGGGCUGCAGUUUACUGAAGACUGUGGGAAAGGACUCUGCUUAGAGGAAAGUUUUUGCCUCGCCGCCAGAAAUGAAAAACAUUUAAAAGAACUGAAGCUUCAAAAGUGACUUUAUGACUGAGAAUUCACUGUUUAACUGUCGGCUCAUUAUAACAGAGGAAACAUUUUGUCUGAACCCAAUGUUUUUCCUAAGUUAUAGCCGGGAUAAAUCAUUUGCUUUAUAAUAAAUGUAGUAAAGUCACCAUACCGUUAUAGGUUGUGUGUUUUUCCCUUAGAAUAAACCUUGAAAGGGUUUGUCAGCAUACAAAGAGUAUGUUGGUUUGGCUUGAAACUAAAGAGCCUCAUUUUUAUUCACAUCAGUGAAUUAUAAACCAAAAUGUAAUUAUUUUCUUAUCAACAUUGCCCUCUGAUGUGCCUGUAUCCGUCACAUGCCGUGUUUUAACGUUAGUCUGAGUGUAAAGUAAAUCCAUCGUUACUCUUUCCUUCUGAUUCUGUACCACUAAGGUUGAUGUAAUGCGUUAACUUUUCACCAUAACCCGCCACAAAAAAAAUAAAUAAUCCAAUAUGGUUUGUCUGCA